UCGAAUCGACACAACUUCACAAGCACUGGGAAAAUAACGCCGGUAAAUGGGAUUUAACAGCGCGAUUCUAAUGUUAGUCUCAAUCGCGACGUCGAAUCGGGAGCAGAAUGUCGGAUGCUGAGGAUGCAAUCGUUUGGCUGUUCGUCGUGAUUGGAAUUUACGCGGCGAUCCAGUUUUUGUACGACAACCUCCGUUCGCCAAUAAGUAUUAUUUGGGGUUUAUUGUUUUGUAAAAAUUCAUCUCUGAGCAAACGCUACGGACCGUGGGCCGUGAUCACGGGAUCAUCCGAUGGAAUUGGAAAGGAAUACGCCAAAAAUCUGGCCCGUGAGGGAUUAAACAUUAUGCUGAUUUCGCGCACCGAAUCGAAGCUAGUUCAGAUAGCACAGGAAAUACGAUCAAACUAUAAAGUGCAAGUGAAGUGGAUUGCCGUUGAUUUUUCAGAUGGAGCGAAAGUCUACCCGAAGAUCAGCUCGAAGCUUGCUCCCAUUGAAGUUGGAAUGCUAGUGAACAACGUCGGAAUGGCACACAAACAUCCGUCUCCUUUCGAGGAUAUCUCGGAAGUUGAACUUCAUCAGAGUCUCUCAGUGAACAUCCUUCCCACGGUGAUGUUGACCCAUAUGAUUCUCCCAGGGAUGAAACGUCGGCGCCGUGGAAUCAUUGUAAAUGUUACGUCUUCCUCCGGAUUCAUUUCCCUUCCAUACGUCUCGAUGUAUGCCGCAUCGAAGGCUUUUCUCAACAGCCUCACGCAGUCUCUCCAGGAUGAAGUGCGCGGCACCGGUGUGCAAUGUCAGCUAGUUACCCCCUUGCUGGUCGAUACGAACAUGAGUCAGCAAUGGCAGUCGUACUUCCUGUGGAGGAUUACGUCGGCAGGAGUAGUUCGGUAUACGAAAAUGGCAACAUGGAUGAUUGGCAGGGCAGCGCACACAUCGGGUCAUUGGAAGCAUGCGAUACAAUUGACCAUUCUGAGGAUUUUCCCGCGUUGGACCGUAGGCACGUGCAUUGGAUUGGGUUUAAACUAUCUCCGAAACCGGGGAGCGAAUCCUGAAAAGAACCUUCAACCUCGUAAUGUAUUGAAAUAAAACCUAUAAUUGUCAGAGUGUAUUGUCUAUCGCCUGCAUUAAUUAAAUCGAUAGAAUCAACUAAUCAAAA